AUGCUGAAUGGUCAAGCUGAGCACCAGUUUUUGCUGGUGGAUCUUUUCCAGGCACAGCAUAAAGACAGAUUCAUUGAAGAGCGCUAUGGCAAAUACAAUAUCAGUGAUCCCUUGCUGGCCUUGCAGAGGGAUUAUGAGACCCUCAAGGAGGACAACCAUGGACAGAGGCCCCCUGUGUGUUCCAACCCCCUGUUCAUUUUAAAGGAAGUCAUGAAGCAAUGCAAGGCCAUGCAGGAGAGGAUGCUGGCUCAGCUGGCUGCUGCUGAGAGCAGGCAUAGAAAGGUCAUCCUGGACUUGGAAGAAGAAAGGAGACGACAUGCUCAAGAUGCAGCUGAUGGGGAUGAUGUCACAUACAUGCUAGAGAAAGAGCGGGAGAGGUUGGCACAACAGCUGGAAUUUGAAAAAUCACAAGUUAAAAAACUUGAAAAAGAACAAAAGAAGCUUUCUGCUCAGUUGGAGGAAGAGAAAGCUCGACACAAGAAACUGUCUUCAGUUUUAAUGAAAGAAUGUACAAAGGCCAACAACAGAGCUGUGGAGGAGGGACAGAGGGUUGAAGAUGUUAACUUGAAACUGGAAAAAGCGAGGAGUAAGGUUAGUCAACUUGAAGAAGAAUUAGCCCAAGAAAAGAAGCGUAGCUUACAGAUGGAAGCUCAGGUGGAAAAACAACUUUCAGAGUUUGACAUUGAAAGGGAACAGCUCAAAGCCAAGCUGAAUCGAGAAGAAAAUCGCACCAAGGCCCUGAAAGAAGAGCUUGAGUUGUUGAAGAAAGCCUUAAAAAGCCUGAAGGCUAAUGGUGAAGUCAAAGAAUCUGUUGUCCAGGAUACUGAGUUGAUGUCUAUUGGUGUAUCAACAGAAAAGCUACAGCUCACAUCAGUAUCUUGCCAGACAGGGAGUGUAGCACAAGAAAAAAGUGUUCCUGAUGGUCCAGCGAAAGCCAAUAUUUCUCUGUCAACACCUAGUAAAAUUCCUCAGCCAUAUUCAAAAUUAAAUGGACAUUCUAACACAACAGGCCAAAACAGUGAACAUAGUUUAAAGUUGAAUGUAGGGGAUAGCCUGAAAGAGAAAGUGGCAAGUCAUGAUAAUUUUUCUGAAAACGGAAGUUCACCUGUCAGAGUAGAAUCUCCUUUACAUAUGUUAGGACAUGCUCCUUCUAGUGGAGCUUCCUCCUCCCCUAGCAGUACAGCAGCCUCCUCCUUAACAUCUUCCCCCUGCUCUUCACCUGUUCUCUCAAGGCGUCUCAUUGGAGGGUCUAGUAGUCCCGGCUAUCAGUCGUCAUAUCAAGUUGGAAUCAACCAGCGGUUUCAUGCUGCUCGCCACAAAUUUCAGUCUCAAUCUGAGCAAGAGCAGCAGGUUUCUGGACUGCAGAGUCCUCCUAGAGAUUUGUCCCCAACGUUGGCAGAUAAUUCUGCUGCCAAGCAACUUGCCCGCAAUACCGUCACUCAGGUGUUGUCUCGUUUUACCAGCCAGCAAACCUCCAGCAAACCUGCACCUCCCAACAGCUCACCAUUUGGCACAGAUUACAGAACCCUUGCCAAUGCCUCCAAUCAGAAGAAUGAUGGUAGCCAUUCUCCAAACCCUCUGAAAGUUUCUGGUCCUCUCAGUCCGGUAUCUCCAGGGAUAAAGUCGCCUACCAUUUCCAGAGUGGAGAGGGGAAAUCCUCCACCUAUUCCUCCAAAAAAGCCAGGUCUAGCCCAGUCCCCAGCAUCUCCUAUUCCACCAACCAAAGUACCCAACCAAACCUCCUCCCUCGCAGCUUCAGUGGAUGUGUCCAGUAAUCAUUGCUCCAACAAUGGAAUUAUUACAAAUGGGAAAGAAAUUGAAGUAAUGUUGCCAUCUGGUAGCUAG